GGCGAGGCGCGCGCCGCACGUGGGCAGAAUGAUAAUAAAGAAAAAGAGAAAAGAAGUUCAUGAGGAACCUAUAGAGAAGAAGAAAAAGGUGAAAAGCAGUAGCAGCCAGACUGUUAUUAAAGUUGAGAAAGAUGUUCAAACUGUCAUUAAUAUUGAGGACGAUGACCAUCUUAAGACAAAACCAGAGGUGAGGAAAAAGGAGAAUUUAAAAGAUGAAUGUUUAGACCAAUUAGAACUGAAGAAGAAGAAGAAGAAAAACAAGAGGAAAAAAAAAGACUCUGAAUCUUGGAAAGAGGCACAUUCAGAAAGCUUUGUGAAUAUAGGUGGCCAUCUGGAUGCAGACCCUCGAGAAGAAUCAGUGCAACAAAUUCUCAGAAAGAAGAAGAGAAAAGCCCGAUGUCAUUCCCCCUUAACACUAGAGAAUAAUCAGAGUAGUGACAUCAAGCUUUCAGAUCAUCAUGCAGAUGGUACUAAGGAAAAUGAAUUUGCUUUUAAAAAAAGCAGAAAGAAUACUGCUUUGAAUUUGGAAUUGGAUGAUGAAGUAGCUAAGAAAAAAAAGAAGAAAGGACUUUUUUCUUUUUCAUUAGAGGACAUCCAGGACAGUGAACAUAAACAGUCUGAAAAAGUUUGUAAGAAACCAGACAAAUACAUCUCGCAAGAAAAUCCUUUUACCGAUGAAACCCACAGAACAGAUAUUACCCAGAAUGAUAGGGAGAGUUAUGUGAGAAGAAAGAAGAAGAAAAAGAAAAAUAAGUCCGACUCCUUUUUACCAGAAAAUCAGGACAAUAUCUGUGCCGUUCCUGAUAGCCUCACUACAUUAAUAGACUUCAGAAAAAGGCAAAAAAAGAAUUCCCAGGAAACUACAUUCACAAAUAGAGAAGAGGAAGACACUGCUGAGUCAGGAAGUAUCAGCGAGACCAAGAGGAGGAAGAAGAGAAGCAAAGAUAUUUCUUCCUUAACAUGUGAAGAUGAUCAAGGCUACAGUGACAGAGUUCCUGAUAAGCAUCUCCCUGCACAGCAAGAAGAUGAGUCUGAGGAAAAAGAGCUUUCUGGAAAAAAAUGCAGGAAGAAUAUAAAGGACAAUAAUGAAGUAAUCAAGAAGAAAACAAAAACUCAGAAAGAGGAAACAACACAUUCAAAGAUUUCUUUAAGCAAUAAAAAGGAUAAAGAGAGUGAAACGCAGCAAGCUGAAUGUGUCAUGGGGGAUGCUGGAGUUUUAUGCAGUCAAAGUCAUAUACUCUGUGACAAAAAAAGCAAAAAACGAAAAAAAGAAGAAUCACAGGACUCUGCUGAAGAACCAGGUUCAAAAGCAAAUUUGAAAAGGAAAAAGAUCAAAAGAGAAGACACAGGGAAUGAGACACUGAAAGAUGUAGAGGAUGUAACUAUUGUCCAGGAAAAAAAAGGAAACUGUGAUGAAGUUAACAUAGACAAGGUGAGGCGGCAGGCUCUGCAAGAAGAAAUCGAUAGAGAAUCUGGCAAAACUAAGGUUUUCAGUCCCAAAGUAGAACGGGAUACAAAGUUCGGCCAGUGGAGUACAGCUACAUUUCAAAGUUCUGAGGAAGAAACAAAGUUUUUUCGACUGAUGGGUGGCUUUAAAAAGGGCUCUGUUCCUACCCAGAAUCUCUCAGCAACUACAAACAAACCAAACAUGGCUCUGAACAGGGAAGGGGAGGAGAAGUUACAGCAGGCUCUGAAGAUGGAAUUCGAUAAAGCAAUGGACUUGAAGCAACAUAGAGGAAUUGGUCUUGGAUUUCAACCUGCUGCCAACAAAAAAGUAUACAUAGACAAAUAUACAUCUAAAUCUAUAAAAUUUGAAGAUUAAAACUCUGAAGUAAUAAAUGGAAUGAAAAUUCAGCAUGCAAAUUUCACGGUCCACAUCUUUUUUUAACUUGAAAUAUCAAGUGUUUAAGAAAUUUAAUUUAUGAGGCGCUUUUAGUACAAGUUUUGGCAUACAGCAGAUUAUGUGGAGCUGGGUCCUCACUCCAGCGUUUAAACAGUUAAGUUUUUGAAACUUUUAAAAUCUUUUCUACAAGGCAACAGACAGCCUGCUUCACAGAUUGAAGGUAGAUGGGCAAUGCCUGCAACAAGCUGAAACUUAGUAAUUUUUUUUAAAAGGCUGAUUUCAUACCUUUUUUUAGCUACAUCUUAGUGAUUCAAAAAGAUUUUUAAUGUUCUGUAAAAUCUUCAUAUUUUUACACUCAGUGAGUGGUACAAAAUGAUGCUUUACUUUGAAGAAACACUACUGGUGUGCCUACAAAUUUGAUGAGGGUAGACUUAACUCAGCAAGCAGUUUUUCAAUAUAAGUAUUUCAUUAUAAUAAUGAAUAGCGUUGAACAUCCUCUGUAUUUUAACUAUGCUCUGGCCAUUGGAUUUUCAAGCAGCAGCUGUUAUCUGUAAAUGAAGGUAAAUGCUUUCUAGAUAGCAACACCAAAUAUAUGGGGAUCCAGACUUCCCAAAUUACAGAAAGCAAGGUGCUUAUUUUAGGAAGGUGCUUAUUGGGUUCAUUACACAUCAGUAUGAAUGAAAUUUCUAACCUCUGGAUUUUCAGACAGCCCGCACUUACACUGGGUUUUUUUGAGUACAAAAUAAGAGACUGCAUUUCUGUAUGCCACGUUCAGAAGUGACGGGUCCAAACCAGUCUACCCAUGUCUUGCUUGAAGUUACAAAAAGAGAGUAAAUCUGUCAUGUAUUUUAUGACCGCCCAAGUCACGUGUUAUGGGAGACUGUUGACAAGUGUCAGUGUAACUCUGGUUCUUGAGUAGAACAAGGUGACCAUCGCUGGCGUCCGUGCCUGCUGCGAUGAAAUAGUGGCUGACCUGCAGGGGAAGCCCAGCCUCAGGAUGAGGUUACUAUCACUGCUUACCCAACUUAGUGUUUUCUGCUAAAUCACCUUGCCUUUUUGAUAAGAUCAUGCCAACUGGUCUCCUAAAUGUCUUGCUCUUUUAAGGCAACCUCCUUGACAGACAGCAGCCUUUUCCAGUGGACACUCAACCUGAAAGCAGCUGCCUCCAGCAGAAAAUGCACUUAACAAAUCAGUAGUUCCAGUAGAUUUUGAGGUGGAAGAGAAAAUUAUGCAGAGGCUCCAGCUUAAGCUGUUGCCAUUAAUCCAUUCCCAUACCUGGGAAAAUGGAGAUGCUAAGCCACUUCCUGCAGGGUCUGAACUUGUCUUUGAGGAAACCAUUUCCUUUAAAGUGUCAUUUAAAACCACCACUACCUCAGGGUGAGCCUGUUGCACCAGUGCUCCCAAAGCUCAGUGACUGCCUUCAGCUGGCCCUUCUAAAUUUCAGCACUUGAUUUACUUAAUGUCAGGUAGUGGAGGUUCUGUUUUCUUUUCUGGUUUAAGACAAAUGCUGAAAUCGGGCCCACAGCUACUUGCCUGGCAAAAAACCCCCAGGUUAAAAUAAAUUAACAGGUAGAAAAAUUCAACUAGUGAUUUCAUUUAGGAGGAGAGGGACAGCACGUACAGCUUUCUGCUGCAGAGCCAGUCUUGGAUGGGUAGUGACAGGUCGUGCAGUGCCACUGAUGAAGAUGCUGAGGGUGAGAUUGGUCCUAUCCUUGCCUUUGGAUAAGGACUCUUUCCUAUCUACAAUUGCACCACGUAUACCAGUGUGUCGCUCUGCUAUAGCUUUGUGGAUGGCCUGGCACUUUGCUCUUGAUAAUACUGUGCACAUGAAAAUGUAGUAGUUUGAAAAACAAGAUACAUACCUGGGGAAAAACUGCCGGCUCUUUUCAAGUAGUCAGACUUGGUCCUGCCUGCAUGGUUGCUAAACAGAGAGAAAGAGGAGGGCUAGAAGUACAGUGCUUUAACUAAAACUAACUUUGCUUUAACAUAGAAGUAAGCCAAAAGCAUUUUAUUAGAGUGGUUAUGCUAGCUUCUAAGCUAGAAGUUUAUUAUAGAGUUUGCUCCUGAUAACUAACCAGAGUUUUCUGCCUGUCGCUGAGCAUUUUUGCACUAAUAAAAACAGCAGUAAAACAUCUGAAAGCAUUUCUCAUGGCCGUUUUGUAUCAAUAAAGAAAUCAAACUUACAGUUUGCUCAAAAGAUAACAGGCAAAAAUUGGUGCCUGCAUGGGGAAGAGGAACGUUUGGGAUAUUUGUAAGCCUGCUCUAAGAGCUUCCAUUUUACAGGAUCUGGAACAACUCCACGCUGGGUUUCGAGCAGUCCUUUUGCCCCCAGAGGACAAUUUCUGCCAUACCACAGCUGCUCAGUGUGACCCACUUGGCGGUUUAGAGAGCACAGAGCUUAAUCCCACUUACCCAGUUCGUGGUUUAUGUUUCCAAGCCCAACAGGAAGAAUCAUCUACGUGCUGUUGAGAGUUGUUUUGUG